CAACAGAUGGAAGCUGAAGAGGAAGGGGCAAAAAAACUGUCGGAAGUAAAGUUUGAAAACUUACCUCCCAACUACCACAACGAGUCCAACACGGAAACCAGAAUUGGUAACAGAACUGUUCAAACUCAUCAAGAAAUUGAUAAGGUUACAGAUAACAAAACUGGAUCGACAGUUUUUUCUGAGACAGUUAUUACAUCCAUAAAAGAUGGAGAAAACAAAAGGAAUCAUGAGUGUAUCAUUGAUGAAGACUGUGAAACAGGGAAGUAUUGCCAGUUCUCCACCUCUGAAUACAAGUGUCAACUCUGCAAAACCCAGCACACACCCUGCUCCCGGGAUGUGGAGUGCUGUGGGGACCAGCUCUGUGUCUGGGGUGAGUGCAGGAAAUCCACUUCCAGAGGAGAGAACGGCACCAUUUGUGAGAACCAGCACGACUGUAACCCUGGGAGCUGCUGUGCAUUCCACAAAGAGCUGCUGUUCCCUGUCUGCACACCCUUACCUGAGGAAGGUGAACCCUGCCACGACCCUGCAAACAGACUUCUCAACCUCAUCACCUGGGACCUGGAGCCUGAUGGGGCACUCGAGCACUGCCCGUGUGCGAGCGGCCUGACCUGCCAGCCCCAGAGCCACAGCAGCACGUCUGUGUGUGAGCUCUCUGCCAACGAAACCCGGGCUAAGGAGAAAGAAGAUCCCCUCAUGGUGGAUGAGAUGCCAUUCCUCAGCCUGAUCCCCAGGGACCUUCUUUCUGACUACGAGGAGAGCAGCAUGCUGCGGGACGUGCGCAGGGAGCUGCAAAGCCUGGAGGACCAGGCAGGUUUGAAGCCUGAGCCUGACCCGGCUCAGGACCUGCUUUUGGGAGACGAAAUUUAA